AUGACAUCCGAAGACACAGUUGUCAAAUCGCCUCCCUCUGAUGCUCAGUUUACUCCUGGAUCUAAUGCGAGAACCUUUGGAGAGCGCUGGAACGAGAUGUACCAGAGGUUGUGCAGAUACAAGGAAGCCAACGGUCACUGUUUGGUUCCCAAUCGAUACCCCGAGGAUAGGAAGCUGGGUGCUUGGGUCUCCGCUCAGCGCCGUCACUACAAAAUCCUGACAUCGGGCAAGAAGGAGUCUACGCCCAUGACUCUGGAGCGGGCCCAGAAACUGAUCGACCUUGGCUUUGACUGGUCUACCACCGAUCCAAGGCACGUUAGCUGGGAAGACCGUUUCGAGCAAUUGAAAAACUUCAAGACCACCUACGGCCACGUCCAAGUUCCCAUGGGAUGGAGUGAAAAUCCCUCCCUUUCCAACUGGGUCUCGGCGCAGCGCCAAGACUACAAGCUCUUCCAAAAGGGACGCCCCUCUCGCUUGAACCAGCACAAGAUCAACCUCCUGAGCAGGGUUGGAUUCGUCUGGGAAGCCCAACGAGGAGGACGUAGGAGAAAGUUGGAACCUCUCAAGGAAGGAGAGCGUCCUCCUGCUUCUCCGCCACGUUCCCCCGCUGUCCAAGGAGUCGCGGUGGGAACACCCCAAGACGACGGCAAGGAAACGAGCGACGCUGCUGCCUCGUUGGCUGCUGCCCAUCAUCAUCACCAUCAUCACGCGGCAGGACUCUUUCCUGGUGGCCUCCAUCCUAUGUUGGCAAAUAGCAUGAUGGGUGGUGGAUUCCUGGACCCCAUGUCGCAGCAAGCCGCUUUGAUGCGAGCGGCUGCAUUCGGCGGAGCAAGUGCGGCGGGUCCUGCGGGGCAAGUGUUGACGCCCUUGCAGAACCGUCAGCUGCUAGCGCAGCUACCAGGAGGUGGCAUGACAGGAAUGCCCAUGGCCGGUAUCCCCCACGAAGCCCUGUUGGGUCAUCAUCAUCAUCACGGCAUGGACCCCACGACGGCCGACUUUGCCCUCCGACUGCAGCAACAAGGACUUCAGGAACAGGCGAUCCUCCGCGAUCGAGCCUUGGCAUCCUUGGCCGCUCAGGGGUCCUUGUUGGGACAGCAGAACCCCGGUGCAGGCAUGUCGCACGGGUUACCCUUUGCGACGGCAGCAGCAGCAGCAGCGACUCCCAAGUCGGAUCGGGCCAAUUUGAUUAGUUCGGCCUUGGCGGCAACCAACAAGCGGUCCGCUGGUGCCAACAACGCGGCUGUCGCCAUGGGGUUAGGCACGUUCCCGAUGGCGGCUGGUGCCAUGAUGGCGCCCAUUCGCGGCAAUGCGGGGAUGAAUGCUAAAUCCAGUUCUAGUAACGAACAACCCAACAGUCGAAGAUCUUCUCCUUUGGAACCUGGAACUUCCUCGUCGCCCCGUUCUCCUUCCGGGCGCAAACGAGAUGCCAGUGGCAUGACUAUCAGCGAGAUGUUUGACCCCGAAUUGGAGCCCAACGCGAAGAAGGCCAAGACACAACAAGAAGAAAGCAAAACGGAAGUGGCGAGAAGGAAAGAAGAAUCAGAUUGA